CGAGAUAAGUUUGUGCAACUGCAAGACUGCAAAGUUACAAACUUCACAGGCUCUUCCGAGCUAGAGCAUUCUAUGGCGCCGGGAGUUUUCUCUGCAUUUCUGUCGCCGAUAUCUCUACCGCACCGACUGACGUGUGUUAACCCACAAUUCAUCCGGAUUAACUCGAAGAGCCAUCCCGCAAUCUGUAAUGUCGCGCAAUCGAAAUCUCAACACGAAUUGCCGGUCUCCGACGACGAAGUCGAAGUGUCGGUUUCUGUACCGGAACACGGGGGAAGAGGGGCGGCUGCUCCGGGUCGAGGUGAACAGUUCCUUGAGCGGCAGAGAGCGUUCGAGGCAGCGAAGCUGGUGAUGAAAGAGGCCAAGAAGAAGAGGAAGAACGAUAGAGUUAAGGCCUUGAAGGUGAAUACGGCGGUGGCUUGCUGUUAUGGUUGUGGAGCUCCGUUGCAGACCUCGGAGCUUGAUGCUCCUGGUUAUGUGGCGGUCGAUACUUAUGAGUUGAAGAAGAAGCAUCGCCAGCUUAGGACUGUGCUUUGUGGAAGGUGCAAGCUCUUGUCUCAUGGACACAUGAUCACUGCAGUUGGUGGGAAUGGAGGAUAUUCCGGUGGGAAGCAGUUCGUUACUGCGGAUGAGCUCCGGGAAAAGCUGUCUCAUUUGCGCAAUGAGAAGGCUUUAAUUGUCAAACUGGUUGACAUUGUCGACUUCAAUGGCAGCUUCUUGGCUCGUGUGCGUGACCUCGCAGGCGCAAAUCCGAUAAUAUUAGUGAUAACCAAGAUUGAUCUCCUUCCAAAAGAGACUGAUUUUAACUGUAUUGGUGAUUGGGUUGUGGAGGCUACUACAAAAAAGAAGCUAAAUGUUUUGAGUGUCCAUCUCACAAGCUCAAAAUCAUUAGUUGGAAUAACAGGAGUUAUAGCAGAAAUUCAGAAGGAGAAGAAGGGUCGGGAUGUGUACAUUCUUGGUUCAGCAAAUGUUGGGAAGUCGGCUUUCAUCAAUGCAUUACUGAAAAUGAUGGCUGAGCGGGAUCCAGCUGCUGCAGCUGCUCGGAAAUAUAAACCGAUACAAUCUGCUGUUCCAGGAACUACACUAGGUCCAAUUCAGAUUGAUGCAUUCCUUGGAGGAGCGAAAUUGUUUGACACACCUGGAGUUCACCUGCACCAUAGGCAAGCUGCAGUUGUACAUUCAGAAGAUCUACCAAUCCUUGCUCCAAGGAGUCGUCUAAAGGCACAGGUCUUUCCUAAUGCAAUUGUCGCUGGAGAAAAUGGGAUUGCAGAGAAAUUGGAAUCUGAUGGCCUGAAUGGUUUCACAAUAUUUUGGGGAGGUCUUGUCCGGAUUGAUGUGUUAAAGGUUCUCCCUGAGACAUCCUUGACAUUCUAUGGUCCAAAAGCAUUGAAGAUUCAUAUAGUGCGCUCUGAUAAAGCUGAUGAAUACUACCAGAAUGAAGUUGGAGUUUCAUUAACACCUCCAACUGGAAAGGACAAAGCAGAAAGCUGGAAAGGACUUGAAAUCCAGCGACAACUAUGCAUAAAAUUUGAAGAAGCGCAUAGGCCUGCAAGUGAUAUAGCAAUAUCCGGCCUGGGAUGGAUUGCUGUUGAGCCUGUUAGGAAAUCGCCGACACCUCAGAGCUCUGAUCAGCAGGUAGAAGAGUCUGCAAAAGAGCUGCAUUUCGUUGUUCAUGUCCCGAAACCUGUUGAGAUCUUUGUUAGGCCUCCACUGCCAGUGGGCAAGGCCGGUGCAGAGAGGUACCAAUAUAGAGAAUUAACAGACAAAGAAGAGGAAUCAAGACCCAAAUGGUACUAUUAGAUGAUGGGUUUUGGUUUGUUAUAUUGUCUUGUACAUAUGCUUUUGACGACUGUACAAUGCUUCGUGUAUGUAUAAUUUUGUGCGGAAAUAAUCUUGUUAUGCAAUGUUGUACUAUUGCUUAUUCCUUUACACGUUGUGUACCCUUCAAAUUGAAGGAUAUCAUCACUGAACUUCAAAACCGAAGGUAAUUUGCAUUGCAGAUUUUGUGAAUUUGAUGAAGUGGAGUUAUCGAAAUUCUUUUCCCGCCGGUAGAAUAAAAGGAAAUUAUUACA